GCAAUAACACAACAUCUUUCCGAUCAAACCUUCGAGUCUCGUUUCAAGGAUACAAAUCUAAUAUCCUUCCAUCGUCAACGGCAGUUUCUGAGCGGACUGAAAUCAAUCAUGGAGGAUUCCAUUAUGAAGGAUUCCAACAUGGAGGAUACCAUCAUGAAGGAUUCGACCAUGGAGGAUUCCAUCAUGAAAGAUUCGACCAUGGAGGAUUCCAUCAUGAAAGAUUCGACCAUGGAGGAUUCCAUUGGAGCAGUACAGACCUUCCCGAAAUUCCGGAAGCUACCACCGGAACUUCGUUGCAUGGUAUGGUCAUACUGCUUACCGCGCCGCGUUGUCCAAAUGCACGACUCAGCCCAUAAGAAGUUUAAGUCAAGCCGCUUGAAGAGUCGGCUACGUGUAAGACCUCCUGUGUCAGCCAAACUUCCGCUGAUCGCCUAUGUCUGCCACGAGUCGCGUGCCUUUGCCCUAACGCAUGGACGUAUGGAGAAGACAGCAUUCUUCAACACGCCUGUGUGGUUCGACCGGAGCACUGAUGUAAUCUAUAUCGACGAAGAUCACUACCGCAAAUUCCGUCUUGACGGUAGUGAUGAUGAGGGUGCCGAGCUGGGAUUGCGAGAACUUGUCGACGGUAGCAACAUCCCAUUGAGCGUCAACAGAAGCGUAUUUCUCGGGUUCGAUCCCUUACACCCCAAAGGCAGCGAUUUUGCUCGGUGGGCACUUAAACACAUCAUCGAGCGAGGGGAGUGCUCUGUGGUUCUAACAAGCACCGAGAUCCACUUGAACCAUCAAGAUGCUAUUGCUUCGGGCCUCUUUGGACAUUUCGCCGAGGAGACGCCCGUCUUGGUCGACAUCAACAAUGAUAGACAGGUCAAGAUGCUGUCUGCUGCCUGCAGCAUGGCGCCUAUUCGGAAGGGAUCGACUCGGAAUUGGGACGUGCUGCAAACAUACGAGCAGAUUUCAAGUGGGUACUUGAAUUUCUACAUGAAGUGCUUUCUCCAGUGUGUGCGGACUAUGUGGCUCAAGGAGAACGGCGCGCUGCGCGAGACCUUCAUCCCGUGGAAGUUCGACAGCGGACGAGAAAAUAGGCCGGCGUACAAGGAUAUAUUGGACCGACUCCCACGGUUCAAAUUUGUGGUCGCGGUUUACUUCUACCAGUCCAAGGAUAAGCGUCAGAAUGGCUCAAAGCUGCAGGAGAAAUCGAUUACCUAUCGCUUACGGGAAGAGUGAUGGUAACUCUGG